CGGCGCGUCGUCAGUUUUACCGGCUUUCUCCCACAGUUGUCAUCAAGAUGAACAAAUUAUCUGUUCUUACGAGAGCCUUUUCGAGCUCAUCCUCUUUAAAUGCGGUGAAAACGGUCACCGUUGUCGGCGGAGGGUUGAUGGGGUCGGGCAUUGCUCAGGUAGCAGCUCAAGCAGGGCAGAAUGUCACCAUCGUGGACCUAAAGCCGGAGCUGCUGGAGAAGGCUCAGAAGUCCAUCCAGCAGAACCUGACCCGAGUCGCCAAGAAAGUCCACAAGGAUGAUGCGGCUAAGGUGGAGGCAUUCGUCCAGGAUGCUGCCAGUAGGAUUAAGGUGUCUACGAAGGUCGAGGAUGGUGUGAACGCUGACCUGAUUAUCGAGGCCAUUGUGGAAAAGCUGGGCGUGAAGCAGGAGCUGUUCAAUAAGCUGGACUCGUUGGCGCCCGAACACACAAUCCUGGCCAGUAACACCUCCUCGAUAUCCAUCAAUGCUAUCGGAGCUGGUAUUAAGAGGAAAGACAGAUUCGGCGGCCUCCACUUCUUCAACCCUGUCCCCAUCAUGCGUCUGCUCGAGGUCAUCAAGGGAGACCACAUCUCGGAGGAGACCUACCAGACCAUGAUGGAGUGGGGCAAGUCCGUCGGCAAGACCUGCAUCACCUGCAAGGACACGCCUGGCUUCGUGGUCAAUAGGCUACUGGGACCUUACAGCGCUGAGGCGCUCAGGAUGUAUGAGAGAGGUGACGCAACGAAAGAGGACAUCGAUAUUGGCAUGAAGUUAGGCGCAGGUUACCCCAUGGGUCCCUUCGAGCUGGCGGACUACACGGGCCUGGACACGAACAAGUUCGCGCUCGCCAUCUUGUACGAGCAGACCGGAGAUCCGGUGUUCCGUCCCAUACCCAUCCUGGACAAGAUGGUGGCCGAGGGCAAGCUCGGCAUCAAGAGCGGCGAGGGGUUCUACAAGUAUAAGAAAUAGGGUGCUGUUGACGAAGUAUG